AUGUCAGAAUCCGGCCACAGUCAACCCGGCAUGUACGGACAGGGAAGGAGGAGAAGGCGACGCCGAGACAGGGAUGUGGGUCCCCUGGGGCAAAACCUCUCUGGUCCCAGUCGAGAUCGGGAAUAUGUCCCCAGAGAACGCAGGGUAAGGACAAAAGUGCAACGCUUUCCUAUGCGGGAAAAUUAUCUAUAUGGGUUUCCUUAGUUUAUUGUAGUUCUCAUCUGAUCUUUGAAGGAUGGCAGUGAGGAGCCUCCAGGACCACUCGUUCAGAAGACCCCCAUCAUACUGGCCAAACCCCCUGGAGAACGUGUAAGGAGAGAUGCUCUUACUUUAGGUUUUAGUCUUUAAGCUGACUAAAUGUUUUUACUGAAUUCAGAUGCAUGGGUCUUGGCAGUAAACACAACAACAAGUAUAAUGCUUUGGCUCUUGUUUUGUUUCAGUCCAAGCCUUCCCAGAGUGUACCCAUCAGCGGAGGCCAGGCCCUGGAGAAGCCCAUCAUGCUCAUCAAGACCAGGGAGGACGGGGUGAAACCAGGGACCCCCCCUGAGGUGGCUCCUCUGGCCUCUGGCUCUGGGGCCUCAAAGCUAGAGAGGGAGGGCCAGCGCCCUACCCAACCUGUCUACCAGAUACAAAACAGAGGCAUGGGAGCAGCUGCUUCCAGCGGUGCUGUGGACCGUGAGUCAAUACUCGUCAAAGACCACUGCUUUCUUUACUAGUGUCAUCAGAGACAUAAUAGAGACAAUGAAAUAAAGGCCUCAGACCACCAUGGAUGCAGGACAUGUCUACUGAUCAUCAGCAUUACCCUAGCCAUCAUAAGUGUUUAUUUACUGCAGCAGUGAAUAUAAUCUCUAACACAUGCACGUUACUUACAGCUGUGAUUGGCCAGACCAAGCUCGUCCCCCCUGAGAAGAUGAAGCACAGCAUCAAGCUGGUGGACGAUCAGAUGAACUGGUGUGACAGCGCCAUGGAG